AUGGAGGGACCCCAACCGUAUCAACAUGCCCGUCGGGCCUCGCGACCUUCAUACCCCCGCGACCCCUCGAGGCCCCCGAGCUCGAGCAACUCCCGCCUCACGGCAUCUCACAGCGCCAACGGCUCCAUCUCACACGUCACGGCGGGUGGUCCUCCGCCGGCCCACGCCCAACCCGCCCACCGUCUCCACCACACGCACAACCUUAAGCAGUCCAGCCUGUCGCCGCGGCCGUCGUCUAGAGGCGUGGCUCACCCGUCGCGGCAGGAGACGCCCGACGCGGCGCGAAACAGGGCCAUGUCUUCGUUUCUGCAGGAGAAGCUGCAGCGGGAGAGGGCGGAGAAUGAGAGACUGUCGUUUUCCGCCUCGAUGUCUAGGGCAGACAUGACGGCGUCGGUAGACGUCUCACGGGCGGUAUACAACUCACCGUUCCGACCGCCCCAGGAGCCGGAAGGGGGCAGGCCUCAGUCGAGUGCCGGAAUCGAGCCUAGACGAAAGGGCCUUGGGGUCAAGGAGAUGGAGCAGGUCGUAUCCAAUCUGCACAAGCAAAACUUUGACCUCAAGCUCGAGCUAUUUCAUCGUCGAGAGCGCCAGACGGCACUAGAAGAACGCGUUGACGCGUUGGAGUCUGACAGGAAGCAGAUGGAGGACGUCAACGACAAGCUGAUGGAGGAGCUCGAGAAGCGAGACAAGGCCGUCGAGGAAGCCGUCGCCAUGAUCCUCAUGCUCGAGGCCAAGGUCAACCAACUCUUCCAGGAGCGAGAGAUGGUCCAGCAGGUCGAGAGGGAAGACUUUUUCUGCGCUCGCGACUACGACUUGCGCUACGACACCUCCGCCAUGCAGACGCCCAAGCGUGACGCCCCGAGGCCGGAGCACGAGGCCAAGGUGGUCAAUCGGAUGCCGAGCUUCAUCUCUGAACCCAAUGGCAACACGGAGAAUCUACGAAACGUGUACCUCGGCGUCAAGACUGGCGGCCCGAACCUGGCGCGUGUAGCAGAGGGAUCCCCCGAGGCCGACCACCAAGGACUGGGCAGCCCGACCCUCAGCGUCCUGAGCGAAAGCUCCUUUGUCAGCGUAUACGGACAGAAGAACGGCAAGGAGGCGGAACUUUUACCGCCCGCUCGCAUCGAUGAGCCGUUGACGCUGGACGGCCUCGAUGCCGGUCUCGUCACCCGCCACGAGGAGAUGCCUGUCCCCCGGCGGCGGGCUGCCUCGGUCAGUAAGGCAACCGGUGGCUUCAGGCCGCCACCCCGAUCCAGCACCGCGGUGCCUUUUCAGUCCAUGUCAGGGGUCGUCGGCUACGACUCUCCCCUCCAACGCAUUGAGCGACUCGACUCGAGCUACACCAAAAAGGACGGCGUCUCAUCGCAAAGUCAGGGACGGACUGCGGAGUCCCAGUUUGCCCCGCCAAAGCCCUCCCGGAAGCAGACAAAGGAGGAGAAACGCGAGGCGUUGCGAAGAGUCAUGACUGAUGCACCGGGCGGUGUCCGUCUUCACGACCAAGGGCUCCCUCCCACUCCUGACACGAUUUCGACCUCGACUCUGCAUCGCUUUAAGAACUCGCACGAGACGUUGUCGCAGCCGCAGGAAGCUUGGCACGACGAAGGAAGCCACGGAGCCUCACUUCACUCGAACGCCCAGGAGCCCAAGACGGCGGAGCCUGCGUCUGGCGUGCCCUUGGGAGAUGGAUCAUCCCUCAACGCUUCCGAUACCAUGAGGAGCGUCAGUGCCAGCACGUACGCGAGUUAUCGGCAGCAGCAACAACAGCACAACCUGCAGCGCCCUCGCUCGGCAGGCGAGUCGGUCGUUUCGCGCAGAGAGGACAACGGCUGGGACAGCGACGACGACAACUCCGAUGCCCGUUCGCUGCAGUCUAGCCUGGACAUUUGGCUACGAGAGAGUUCGAAGCCAGCGAAGAAGGACGCCAGCGGACGUCGCGUCUCCCCAGACCUCUUUAGCUUCCCGAACAGUGCCGCCAGCGGUGGAUGGGCGGUGGAUUCCAUGUUUGGCCCCAACAACGCCCAUGCGGGAGGCGUGGGUUCUUCUACUGGUUACGACCACAUACAGGACUUGCUGUCGGUGCAAAACCAGCUCUUUUCGUCGUCUACCGGUCCACCACCACCGCCGAAUAGGAGAUCCAGCCUCCACGCAACGACCGGCUCGCGGUCCGACUCGCUCAAGGCGUCCUCCAGCAACAGCCCCUCGCUCAAGGAUGGAUGGAAAAACUCGCCCAAGACCCGCGGCAGGCACAGCACCAAGAACAGCGAAGACCUCCGAAGCGGAGACGAGGCCAAGACGCCCGUGCAGCAGAAGCCACGGCAGCCCCCCCCCGAGGCAGGCAGCGACCAAAAGCGCUACCCCCCGAUCACGGGCCACCAAGGCGCGCGAGCCGGACUCAACAGACUGUUUAGACGGUCCAUCGGCAGCAGCUCCUCGAACGCCCCGCCACCAGAGACGGCGUCUUCGUCGAACAGCGUUGCCGAAUCCUCAUCCAGCGAACCCCGGGCUCAACACCCCAUGGGCGUUCCCUCGUGGGUGCUGCGCAACUGCCCCAUUGACGACGAGCGCUCCGGUGCGACGCCUCCGCCCAUCAUGCUCAACCCCCGUCAGGGACGACGCAACACGCUCGACUCUUCGAUGGAAAAGGAUCGGCCGGCGUCACCCACGACCGCGGCACCUGAAGGGGCGGCCAAGGCUGCUACCGAGACCCAGACCCAGGAGGAGAAUGGCGAGGCGAAACCGCAGACCGCUCAGCAGCAGGACGAGGGCGGCGUUGGUACAGGCCAGGGCGCACCCGCGGCGACGGGAGCACGACGCAAGUGGCUGCCCUUUGGACGGAACAGCAAUGCGAAGAAUAAGCUGGGCUAG